AUGGAUUUCAAGAAAUUUAAUAUUUUUAUUUGCCUCAUGGGGCUCAGCUGUUUUAGCUUAUGGGUUUUGUACACCCACUUGACUGAAUUUUGUAUAUUCUGUGAAAAGAGGCAAAACGCCACACUCCCCCCACAGGCUUUUAGAAGACACGAUGAAAACUUCUUGCUGCUCCCAGAUGCAGAGUGCCAUAAGAACCCCCCUUUCCUCAUCCUGCUUGUGACAUCCUCCAUCCCCAACGCUGGCGCCAGGAUGGCCAUCCGGCAAACCUGGGGCAAGGAGAGGAGCGUGGGCGGCCGGCGCGUUGUAGCCUAUUUCCUGCUGGGAACCACUGCGAAUCUCAGAGAGCAGGCCGGUGUUGUGGCUGAAAGCCAGGAAUACAAGGACGUCAUUCAAAAGAAUUUUACGGACACGUAUUACAAUUUGACUUUGAAGACCAUGAUGGGGAUGGAAUGGGUUCACAGAUACUGCCCUCAGUCGAGCUUUGUGAUGAAGACUGACAGCGAUGUGUUUGUCAAUGUGUUUUACCUCACUGAACUGCUCGUAAGGAAAAACAAGAGCAGUAGCUUCUUCACGGGCUUUUUAAAACUGCAUGAGUACCCUAUACGGAAAACAGGGAGUAAGUGGUAUGUGAGYAACAAGGAAUAUCCAGGAGACACCUACCCGCCGUUUUGUUCAGGGACUGGCUACGUUUUUUCCACCGACGUUGCUAGUAAGAUCUAUGAAAUCUCAGGCUGUGUCCCGUUUAUUAAACUGGAGGAUGURUUCGUAGGACUGUGCCUUGACAAACUGAAAAUCCGGCUGGAGGAGCUUCACUCAGAGCAGACGUUUUUCCCAGAACGGAUUCAGUUCUCUGUGUCUCGCUUUAAGAAAAUCGUGAUGUGCCAUGAAGUAAAGCCAUCUGAGCAGCUGAGCUACUGGAAUAGCUUAGUGGCAUAAAGAAGCCAUGGAGUUACUUACUCACUUGAGCACCUUACUCGCUUGAGUUUACAAAUCGACAUGCUCUGAACUAAGAGGGCUGCUCUUUACUUCAGCAGAACUCUCAACUCUAGACCCAUUAUGUUAAAGGCAUUUUUAGUGAUUAUUUUAAUCUCCACUUCUGCCUAAGAACAGGCAAACGUCUUUCUCACCUGGUCACUCCUGCCUCCUUGCAUCCCUUUCUAUUUAACUUACCAUCUUUCUUUUUUUUUUUUCCCAGAAGAAGAAAGGGCCCACAAGAGCAGCCCUCAUCAGGGAUCAGCUCUCCAAAUCUUGACACUCCAGGACUUGAGGUUAUUUUUGCAGUGCCAAACAAAAAGUCAAGGUACUCCCACUCAGAGGAAAAAAAUUGCACCUUCUUCCCUGUUCUCCUUGGGAGAUAGCUCUGUUUGCAAGCACCCUUGCAGGCAUUUAGGAAAAGGUGUUCGUAGUUCUCAGGACUUUUCCUUGCUCUUGUAGAAAACUGCAGCCCGGUCCUUGCCUCUGGGUGGGCAGGACGGUGCAGAGGUUCCCCCCGCCAAUCCACCAAGCUCAUUUGCACAGGCAGAAGAAUUUGCCCCUGCAGCACCCUUGGGACCACCAUGAAUGGGCCCCAGUAUGAGAGRCCACCUGGCGAAUGGGUUGUGUCCUUGGGCUGUGAGCGAUACAUGGCMGAGCUGC